AUGUACACUGCGCUCUUUUAUGCCACGUACUUUACAUUCUUCGAGGUCUUCCCCUUGGUCUUCCCGGUGAUGUACGAGUUCAACCUUGGAGAAACGGGAUUGGCGUUUGUACCCUGUCAGAUUGGCGCAACGUUGGGCCUCCUCGCGUACUUCGCCUACCUACGGUGGUAUAUGAUCCCCGACAACAAGAAAAACGGUCUACGCGAACAAGAACACCGACUCGUCCCCGGCAUUUUCGGCUCAUUUUCCUUCCCAAUCGGGCUCUUCAUCUUCGCUUGGACCGCCCGCCCAGACGUCCACUGGACGGUGCCCAUCCUUGGAAUCGUCCUCUUCGUCUUCGGCACCUUCUUCAUCUUGCAGAGCAUCUUUGUCUAUGUUCCCCUCUCAUAUCUUCGAUAUGCCGCGUCCCUGUUCGCUGCCAACGACCUGUCGCGAUCCUCCUUCGCGGCCGGGAGCAUCCUCUUCGCCCGGCCGCUGUUUGUCAACCUAGGCGUUGACAAUGGCGUCACGGUCUUGGCCUCCAUCAGCGUCCUGGGCAUUUUCGGCAUGUUUGCCUUUAUUACUACGGCGCCAGAUUGCGUGCUCGGUCAAGCUUUGCACAACCCUGAGUCAGGAAACUACACAGUCACCUCGUCAGUCACAAUUGCAUAUAUCGGGGAGAAAGGGGGAAAUCCGAAAACCCUGGAGCAACAGAUAUAG